UUUAUGUGAUUCCUCCCAGCAACAGAUGACAGUGUUUUUUCUUAUUGGCUUCCUGGUAUGCAUGUGAUUGGUCUCACCCUCGUCACAAAAAGUAAGUAACUGGAAGAAAUAACCGAGAGAAUGGACUCUUUGGGAAAAUUCCUUACUUUGCUUGUCGCUCUACUCCGGCUUCCGUCAGCGAUAUAUUCGGAAAGUUACUCCUUGAACUAUUACAUCACCAUGGUCUCCUCACCCCUACCCGGGCUGCCCCUGUAUUCAGUUAUCGGAUAUGUGGAUGAUGUGUUUUUUGGGAAGUACACCAGUGAUUCCCGAAGAGCACGACCCGCGUUGCAAUGGAUGGCAGAGCGCGUGGAACCGGAACACUGGCAGAUGCUAGCCCAACUUGGACAAUAUUAUGAAAAUGUACAUAAAAUUUUCAUGAUGCAGUUUCGGAACCUUCACAAUCAGACAAAAGGUAUCAGCGUGCUCCAGGUGAAGUUUGCCUGUCACAAGCAUGAAGACGGUGGCAUUGGUGGUUACCUGGAAUUUGCCUUCAACGGGAAAGAGUUUGUUGUUUUCGAUAAAGACAAUUUAAUCUACAUUCCAGGAACCCAUGAGGCUCAGGUCAUCACAGAGAAAUGGAACAACCGUGAAUUUCAGGGCCAACGCAACAAGAAUUUGAUUGAGAUUGAAUGCAUUGGAUGGAUGGAUAAAUAUGUUCUCCAUGGGAAACAUUAUUUGCUGAGAAAAGUUCCUCCACAGGUGAAGGUUACAGAGAAGGCAUCAGGUGGGGUCACUAAGCUCCUCUGCCACGUGUAUGGGUUUUACCCGCGAGACGUGGACGUGAAGUGGAUGAGGAAUGGCGCUGAUGAGGUUUAUUCAGACGAGGCCAAACAGAUCCUCCCGAAUACUGACGGUACCUACCAGAUCAGAGCCAGUGUGGAGGUGACACCGAGGGAAGGGGACAGUUACUCCUGCAAUGUGGACCACAGCAGCCUGGAGAAGGAACUCAUUGUUCCCUGGGAACCCACAAUCUCAACCCAUAGAGGGAUUGCGCUCGCUGUCGGUGCCUCUCUUGUACUCCUGUGUGUCCUUAUUGUUGUGUUUGGGGUACUUGCAUAUAGGCGCUUCCAUGACUCACGGAUAUGAAAUGAAGACCUGGAGGAGGCCACCUGUCUCCUAUGCUACUUUGCUUAACAAUGAGCCAAAUAUUUCAGAGGCAGAAUGACGUCGGGGACCUGAAGAGGUUGCGUCUGGCGUAGUAUAUGCAUUGGCCUGCCCUGCUUGUGUGGUUUUGCAAGAGUGCGUGUUUUAUUUGCAGUUGGGCUUCACAACUAAACUGCGUCCAUGUGCGGGUUCCAUGAGCGUUUUUGGCACCAACACUUGUAUAGAGCAGGGCCUCAUCAUCUGAGUUCCUCCGGGACUGGAUCCUGGACUGUGUUCCAACGUGAAGUGUGCACAUUCAGUCGCAGGGCUGCACAUAUUGGGAACCCUGGUCUGCAAUUCUUAUUAUUUUUAGUGUUUUGAUUUAAAUCAGUGGGAAUGAAAUCACGUGAUAUAUAUUAUACGUAAUCUUGUUCUAGUCAGAUCUAGGGUUAUUAGAAGUUCUUCAAAUUAUUGUUGAUUCUAAAAUCUCUUUCCCGUUAUUCCUGUACAUGUUAAACUUCCCUUUUACUUCACCGAGUGAGAGCAGACGAUGACCAAGCAUUGUCCUCUCGCUGCUUCUGCUGUGAGGAUCGCUUGGUUCAUCUCCCAUAGUUCUUCCAAAACAGAGGGGUCCAAAAGUCAUGCUGAGCAUGAAUUGGCCGGUGGGGGAGAUCAGACAUUCUGCCCCGCGGCUUCGUCCUAGUCGUACUUAUACCAGGAUAUAUCACUAAUUAUAUUAACAAUUUGGCACUAGAAAAUAAUUUAUGUGUCUCAUAAUGUACAGCAAGUAUUAAAACUAAAGUUGGAGUUCGUGGUCUAUGAUGUUUGUCAAUGUUGGCAUUUCCAGGUCGUGUGAGAAGGAGCUUCAGAAGCAAAUAUUUAAAGAUACAAACAUCGAAAAGAAGCUAUCGGCAAUAGACUGUUACAGAACAUUCCCUCAAGAUCCUCACCCCAUUCCCUCAAGAUUGUAAGCUUGCGAGGCGAGCCUCUCCACCUAAUGUAUCGGUUUGUCUUAGUCUGUCAGUUCUCGUCUUGUCAGACCCCUUGUAUAUAUGUAUUGUAUUAAGAGCUGCGUAGAUUGCUGGCGCUAUAUAAAUAAAAGAUAAUAAUAACACAA